UUGUUGCCCUAACAUCUGCUUGGAGAUAAGCUUUGCCCUGCAGUUGCGCAAAGCACCCUGGGUAAACCAGGCCACGUCGCAGAAUCCAACAUGGACGCCAGUUUUCCGGAACCGUCUCUGUACACCAUUAAGGCAGUUGCCAUCCUGGACAAUGAUGGCGAAAGGAUAAUUGCAAAGUACUUCGAUGACACAUUCCCAACGUCUAAGGAACAACGAGCAUUUGAGAAGAACCUCUUCAACAAAACACACCGGGCAAAUGCUGAAAUCAUCAUGUUGGAAGGCAUCACAUGUGUCUACCGAAGUAAUGUGGAUCUUUUCUUCUACGUCAUGGGCAGUUCUAAUGAGAAUGAGUUGAUCCUUGCCAGUGUGUUGAACUGUCUGUAUGACUCCGUCUCACAAAUGCUCAGGAAAAACGUGGAAAAGCGAGCCUUGAUGGACAAUCUGGAUGGAGUGUUCCUGGCUGUGGAUGAAAUAGUUGAUGGAGGGAUCAUAUUGGAAGCAGACCCCAAUGCUGUUGUGCAAAGAGUAGCCCUUCGAACUGAAGACGUUCCCUUGACAGAGCAGACAGUGGCACAGUUGGCUGAAGACCUACCGGUUUCCAUGUUGCAGGUUCUACAGUCCGCCAAGGAGCAGAUCAAGUGGUCACUGCUCAAGUAGACGACAAAACAACAACAAAAACAACAACAAGUUUCAGAUAUUGGUCAUGUAUACAGUGGCAAGCAGUAUAGUUAAUAAUAGUCCCUCCAACACCAUGUGGUUUUAGGAGCAGUACCCAUUUCUGUUUCUAUAGGCAUGAUACACCAAAACUGUCAGUUACAGUCAUUUUUUCAUUGUAACAUAUUGUAAUGUUUGAACCUUAAUAUCACAUACUGCAUGUACAUCUUCAUCAAACAUUUUAGAAAUUAUCUUGUUGAACCUAUGUUUAUGAAUAGAUGCUUUUUGAGAGGUGGGAAGGUAUUUUCCAUGUUUCAUUUUCCAAAAGUCAAAGAAUGUGCACGAUAGAUGAUUAAGUGUUUGCAAAGUUGUAACUGGAAAAAAUGAUGGGUUGCUCCUAUAUUAGAUUGGUACCACAUGUACAUGAGAAAUUGAUAUAAAUGUUACAUGUAAUUACUUGAUUGAUGUUUCGUAGAAUGAAGACCUUUUUCAAAUCAUGCACUACUGUAUCUUGGAAAACUGAAGCCAAGUGCAUAAAGCACUAUCACUCAAUAUAUUUUGACUGUAAAUUAGCAAAUCAAAAAAGGCAUCCUUAAACGGCACUAAAAUCUGUGGCCCCAAGAAGCCAACAUUGAUAUACACUCAGUAGACCAGAAGAAAAGAAUACUACAUGUAUUUAGGUGACACUCAAUAAACAAGAGCCGAAAAAUGUAA